UUGGACCAGAAUAUUGUAGAAAAUUCAAAGUGUUCACUGAAAGAAGCAAUGAAUUUGAUGGAUUUUUCAUUACGUGAGUACAACAAACAAAAAAUACCAGUUGACUCUAUAUUGGAUUCAGUCUACUCUGAUGAGGCUUUAAAUCCCACUGAGGAGACUCAACAUUUGACCCAUAUCAGACAAAAUGUUGACUUCCAUGAAGUUGACCACUUGAAUUAUGACCACCAAAACAUAAGUAAAGAAUCACAAGAUCUACUCAGAGAAAAUGCUGCUACCAUUACAAGCAAUUUGAAUGAAGAGUCUGAUCAAGAUUGGUCAAUUUUUCCCAAAAAGUCUUCUGAAACUAUAGUUAUACAUAGAGGUGGUGUGAUCAACCCUAUUAUUGAAUCAUUGACUGUUGUUGAUAAGAAUUACUCUUCUCUCAGUCAAGUAACUGACAGCAUACUGGUAGACUCCUCUGAUUCUCCUACUUCAUCUGACAUGAAUGUUACUUGCUGUAAAAGAAGGAAAUCUUCAGAAGAGGAUGAUUUAUAUCAGUCCAUAGCUGACUUAUGGAAGGUUUCUGAUAGUGUGCUAAUGCAGACCAUUCAUGGUAUUGACACAAGUGACACUUUCUUACUAAGUGGUAAUUUUGGGAAGGAGAAAGAUGAAGACAAGAGCAGAGAUCUUAAAAAUACUGAAACUAUUGAAAAACACAAUGAAGUGCUCCAGGUGAAAGAGUUGCCAGUUUUUCAUGCUCAAAAUCAUGGUGGACUUGCUGGAAAAACAAGUGUAGCAAAUCUCAAUGAAAUUUCUGAUGCUGGUGGUCUUUUGAUAUCUUUUGAUCUUGAUUAUCGAAAUAAGUCCAGCAAUGAUGCAAUUUCUGACCAGAGUAGUGCAAAUGAUGAUACAUGUAAAUUUUUGAACCUCAGCUGCACUCCAGUGCAUGAUGUUUCUGAUGAGAGUAUGAGUGAUUUACUGAAAGCACUUCGUUUAGAUGAUAAGCUUGACACCUCAACAUCUCCCUACUCACCAUCAAAAAGUCUAGAAAAUUCUCUUAAAGUUAGCAUUUCUAGUUGUGGUGUUCACAUCGAGUUACCUUCGACUGAAGAAAACCAAAAUGCAGAGAGUGUAUGCUCAAUGAAUCUUGAUGCAGAGAAAGCAGUGAAAACUUGCAGCUUGCAAGCCAAAAUGCUGCUCCCUUUACCUGAACAAGAUGUGGGGUUGAAAUUUGAUGAGUUUCCCAAAGCUGGAGGCAGUGCACCAUUUAAACAUUCUGAUGAGUCAAAUGUUCUGCAUGGAAGAAAUUAUCAACUAGCUGCUGAUGCAUGUCAGACAAUGCAUCUAACAAGAAUGCAGACUUCAUCUUCUAAAACUGAACAAACAUUAUCUCCUUCAUCUGACCCAGUAGCAACUCACACUGGAGAAGAAAUAUUUAAAAGUGUAGAAAAUACAGGGAACCAAAUUCUCCAUCCAACAACUGAUCACAUGUCUUCUCAUACAACUGGUCAGAUGUCUCCUCCUGCAACUGAAAGGAUGUCUCCUACAAUUGAACGGAUGUCUCUCCCUACAACUGAACAGAUGUCUCCUCCUACAACUGAAUGGAUGUCUCCUCCUAUAACUGAACGGAUGUUUCCUCCUAAAACUGAAUGGAUGUCACCUCCUACAACUGAACGAAUGUCUCCUCCUACAACUGAACGGAUGUCUCCUCCUACAACUGAACGGAUGUUUCCUCCUACAACUGAACGGAUGUCUCCUCCUACAACUGAACAGAUGUCUCCUCCUACAACUCAAGGGAUGUAUUCUCAAACAACUGAUCAAACGUCUCACGAAUCUACUUCUCGAAUAUCUCCUCCAACAAAUGAGAUAUCUCCUACAACUGACUGUAUUUCUCCUCAAACAACCGAUCAAAGGUCACAUGAAACCACUCAUCGUAUGUCUCCUCCAACAUUUUUUGCAAGUGAUGGAAUUUCUUCCCCUACAUCUUAUCAGAAAUCCUUUCACUCAGCUCAUCGAACAUCUCUUUGUCAUCGUUCACUUUCUGCAAGUCCUGUUCACGAAAGCUAUCUCAAAGUACCUCAGAUUCACUCGGCACCUCAGACGCCAUGUUCAGCUGAUAUGGAGAGAGAUUCCAGUGCAUCACCUAACAAAAAAGCUUUGACGGUUGCUCCCUAUGCUUUUGUUUCGUCAUAUGGUGGAGCCAUACGCCCCCCAUCCCGGGCCGAUCAUCCUGCAAACGAUGACGUAACAACUACAAUUGAAACUGAAUCUCGUACUUCAACUGGUGGAACCACUUUCAUUGUAUCGACGACUGGUUUAGAUGAUGAGGCGACGAAUACGCAGUCGACAUGCGAGAGUACCUACAGCCCUGGUCACGAGGUCGCAAGUAUUUCGUUUGAAACAACCACUAUUGGGCUCCAUGACAUUGCUGCUUUCGCUGAUCCAGAUGACUCAAAUCCUAGCAGGUCCCCAAUUUCUUUUGAGGAAGCAACCAUGACUCCAAAAACCUUACAAAAGGCGCUUGAAGCACCCAACGGAAACACCAUUGACGUUUCAUAUAACUUCACACCAACGAAAAAAGACAGCUCCCCAGCCCUUACGGAAUCGCACUCACCUGACCUAAGCAGAGUGAAUGUCGCGCCUCGUCUUCUGGACACCUCAACAUGCAUACCGCUCGUCGCCAGCUCUGACACUGACCAUCAUGUGGCCACAUCACACACUGACCAUCCUGCGGCCACGUCAUAUCCUGACCAUCCUGCGGCCACGUCAUAUCCUGACCAUCCUGCGGCCACGUCACACACUGACCAUCCUGCGGCCACGUCACACCCUGACCAUCCUGCGGCCACGUCACACCCUAACCAUCCUGCGGCCACGUCAUAUCCUGACCAUCCAGCGGCCACGUCACACCCUGACCAUCCUGUGACCACUCCACUGGACCAGCAGUCUCUUCAGAACAGUCGUGUAGCCACUGAAGAAGGGCGCUCCUUGAAUGACGACUCUAGCGCCUCGCCAGUCCACCUCCUACAGAGAGUCAACUUUCGGACCAAAGAGCCUCGUAAGUGCGUGCCAUUGGUCACGCCGUGUCGCGUCUUCGAAGGGCGCGGCGAAAGCUCCGUCUGGGGUACGCCUGAGUCGCCGUAUGCGUCAGCCUCAAGAUCAGCCUUCGACCUGAGAACCCAGGCUUCCUCCGGUCUUGACGCAUCGCAUGCUACGCAGAACUUCUACCACCCAGGGAGCAUGGCGGAGUGGGUGUUCGCCGAGUGCCUGCCUGAUGCGGACGGUACGGUCGCCACGGACGCGCUCUGUCGUCGCUCCGACGACGUCUUCGCUCAUCUGCCCAGGUCUGCCGUCUUCUGUGGCAAGCCCUCGACGAGCAUGGUGAUGGAGCAGGCUCUCAAGUGGCCCCCGUCCUCUCCUGCGCGAGCCUCCGCCGCCGACCACUCGACGCCACGCAGAGUGAUAGCCGCGUCGCCCACGCACUACCUCACCAAAGCCUACGACCUCAGACACGUCGAGUGA